AUGUCUUCACAGCAAGAUGAUGGUCAUUCAGAGGGUUCGCCUGGACUCCAAGAGCACCUUUCGGAGGUGGUUCAGGCGUCCAAAUUGACGGCGAAGCAACGGGGCAGCAGCGUGAAGCCUGCAGUGGAGGCCUUGACGUCGCUGUCCUACGACCAGGGGCUCCUGCCGGCGGACCUGAACGAACUGAUCGAUCUGAUCACGACUCCGAGUUUCCUUGACCAAGCCAGCCUCGCAAGUAUUGUGCGAAGCCUGUACCCCGCAACCACUGUAGGCGAUGAGAUCGUGAUCAAGGCGGUCGGGUGUCUUGGGCACGGCCAAUUGAAGCCAUCCCUUACUAUUCAAGGUGCACUGCUCAAAUGGCUUAUCAUGAUCCACCAUAUCAUGGAGAAGCAGGACGUCUUGUCUCAGAUGUACUCGGUGCUGUUCAACCUCCUUGACACUGCCGCUAUUAGGCCUCAACUGUGCCACCUUCUGGCCUUGAUUACACGCCGUCGUCAUGUUCGGCCGCACAGAAUCCAGACUCUGCUGUCGUUAUCGAGGCAAACAGGCAAUGAUCCCACGUUGACGGGUCUGCUUCGAGUCUACAAAGACUACUACCCUGAGAUAAUCGUGGGAGAAGCCACUCGAGGCAAGGCUUCGGCUUUCAAGCAUCCGGAUCCCCGGUGGCGCGAGAGGCUGGAUGAGAUCCAACAAGCACAUGCCCAACGUGCCACUUCCAGGUCGGAAAGGCCUCUGGAUUCUUUCAGAGUCGCACGCCACAGACAAAACGGCAAGAAGGGUAAUCUGAUACCGGAGGUGCACACCUCACACGCUACCGAGCAAUCGGUCACCCUUGAGGAGAUCGAAAACGUUGAUGGACUUGUGAAGAAGCUGGAGACCAUCGAGUUGCCGAACCAGCUGAUAGCGGUCCUUGGUGACCCGCUACUCCAGAAGGUUAUGCUCUUAAGACCACAGGCUGAAGCGCAGCAGAGAGCUAGCAACUGGCUGAACUCGUAUGCUCAUGACCUGAUGAGUGGGGACGCCGUCAACCUCGUAGACAUCCUGGAAGCUCUAAAGGCUUAUGUGUCAGCUACAAAGACCAUCCCUCCCGUGUUCUUUCCAUUCUUCAACGACUAUAUGAAGAUCUGGGGUGGCCGCGACGGCAAGGACUUAGUUCUGGAUAUUCUGACAUACACGCCUUUGUUAGACUUCCAAGAGCUAUACUCGGGUAUCUUCAAAUCUCUUGAAACUAGUAUUCUCGACAAUACUGCCAAGUCUCAAAUAGACUUGCUAAGGUUCUACACGGGCCUGCUCCAGCGUUGGACGAUAUAUUUGGCAUCACUGGAGGAUGAUGCGAGUGUGCCUCACUCGUCGUCUACCAUUGCUGCUCUAUCGACUCACGUCAAUGACCUUUGCCUGACCGUACUCCAGACAGCACCUGGCAUUGCGACGCACUCGGAAGUCUUGAACUUCUACGAACAAGCAGUGAUCAUAUCAUCCGACCCUACACUGCCGAUGCACACUCGGAUCAUCAUCCCGCCUCCUCCCCUCGUCUACAUCUUGCUUUUCAGUGGCUCUGCAGCAACAGUAUCCCGUCUGUGCGCCGUACUUGCGAAGUACAAAGAUAGUCUCAAGGAAGCGACGAAAGUACCCAACGCGGACUAUCCUCCGGAAUAUGUCAACAAGUUCAAUGGUUUCCUCAUGGAUAUCGCCAACUGCUUCUGGCGUUCACGCGCUUUUAACAGCAAGGACCAAAAUGCUCACGGCUGUCUGAUGCCCGGGCCACAGGUCGACCAUCUAUCGUCCUACAUCAACAGCCUCAAUAUGGGCGUCUCGCUCGAGUCCCUCUUCUCCCUCUCCUAUUCACCGGUGCUCGGGCUAUUUGCGAUCUCGUGCUUCCGCGAGCUGGAAGACGCUGAGCUGGAGCGAGGAUCAGGCGAGCUCGACACUAGACAUGCCGGCCCUGUCACUCGUACCAGUCUGAGGGCACUGGCCAAGAAGGGGGGCUUGAGACUGGACUGGGAUGACUAUCGCUUGUACGUGCUCGACCACCUCGAGGAGAACGGCCUGGGUGGUAUCAAAGAGAUAUUGAGCAAGACGAUGAAGACCAUCAUGAGAAGAAAUUCGGCGCAGCAAGAGUAG